UUCAAUCUAUCAACAGUCUGUGAGAGAUGGAAAUACUUGGUUCUCGAAAGAUUACACAAUGUUAAAUACUUAACAGAUUCACUGGAAAAGGAUGCUUAUCCUGCUAGUUAUACUAUGUUCUUUAAGGAUGAUGAAUUAGAGCGAUUGGAACAAUUAAAAUGGUUUCCUAGACUCAAGAUAUUAGAUGUUGAAGGAACACUUGAUAAUGAUUUCAUCUCAAACAUAGAAGUCAAAGGACUUCAAUUUAAAUGUGACUAUUUUAUUGAUUUGGAAGAUGUUAUUUGUCAUAAUUCAUCGCUUGAAAUGUUAGCGAUAAAAGAACUCUCUAAUUUUUUCGCCAAUGAGAUCCAAGGACCAAAAAUGAAACAAUUAUUCGUAAACAGUAUUGUUUCUGAAUUUGCCAGUUGUGCUAGAUAUUUUCCGAAUUUGCAACGACUUCACAUUGAAAGAUACGAUCGUUCCCCUUUUGAUGACGAAUUUUAUGUUGGACCUGUUCUUGAAAAACUUGAGAUUUUAGAAAUAUGUUUUUAUCUUGAUCUAUACGGGGAACUAGAGCAUUAUCAUGGAUUCAGCCUCGCAGAUCACUGUCCACGUUUGAAAAGUGCCUUUCAUUAUAUUCAAACUGAUCAAGAUUUUCAUGUCAACAGUGGAUCAAAAUCAUUUCUUAGAGAUUUGGUUCUUCAAUUGUAG